CUCGACAGAACAAAUAUUUACCACUUAACCCCUCUUCUUCUUCCUCGCGACCCCUCCCCAUGCGUCGCCGCACUCCGGCAUUUCUCCGGCUCAGCCCGCCCCCACCACGCGGCUGCAGCGAGCGAGCGAGCGCGCGAGCCAAAUGGGAGCUCUCACUCCUCUCCCGCUCCAACCCUAUAACCCCUCACGACGCAAGCGCCGACUCCCUCCCGUCAGGCCUCCGCCUCCCGCCCGCCGACGCCGCGCGGGCGAGGAAGAGGUGCCCGUACGCCGUAGGGAUCCAUUCGAGUCCCGGGCAUCGGCAACGGCCUCGGCAACGCCAAGCCCCAACCUCAGCGCUACAUCCUCGACAUGCUCCCGUGCCCUAGCCCCAGGUGCCAGCUCGUGGUUUGGUUUGAUUGGAUGCAGCAGUCAUUUGCCAAAUAACUGUACUGUAAGUGAUAGAUGUCCCGUCUGAGGGUAUAUCCUCAAUUCCUCAUUAGUAUUAUCAUGCCAUGGAUUUAAUUAUGUCGAGCAUCUGCAUCUCUUUCAAGAUUCUCAGAUAGUUCAUGUCCGAGGAAGUCUGAUGAUGGGGAUAGGUUGUUGUGGAUCAUUGACCAACUUGCCUGCAAGUGCGAGUGCGACCAAGACAGACUUAGUCUUUGGUAUCAUGCCAUGUCCAUUUCUUUUCCUUGAUAACUAACCUGCUGGCACUUUGCAGAGUCAGCUAACUUGUGCCUGGGCUUACAAUAGGAUACUUCAUCCAACUGUAACAUAUGUCAUGUGCAAUUUCUUUCUUUCUUUCUUUCUUCGUUACUUGGAUGGCGGCAAAGAAAUAAUAGUCAGUGGGGAUGAGCCAGCUUGUCCACUUUUCCUGAUAUUCAGCUCACUUAGUACUUCCAUUUGGCGGAUCCUGGUGUGCACAAGCUGUAGACUGCAUAACAAACGGAGAAUGGUUUUUUUCAAUCAUCUGGGAUAUCUCUGCGGGAAAAAGAAAAAAAAAUAGAUCAUCUGGGGCAUGAUGUUAAUAGAACCAGGCCAAACAAGCCGGCAGCCGGUACUGAAGAAGUUUCAACUCCCAUACCCUUCCAACAUAUAUCAAAGCACGCACACAGAGCAUUUAACGAACAUACUCCAUUAGGACAUGGCUCCUCAAGUUUUUCGCACCCAAUCUCUGAUUGUCCAUUCCCACCAUGCACUCUCUCUUCUCUGCGCCAUCCUUGUAUUUCUGUCCUCCAACACAAUGGUGUUCACAUCAGCACAAGCUAGCAACAGAUCCGAGAGUGACCGGCAAGCCCUUCUCUGCUUCAAAUCUGGCAUCUCCGUGGACCCUCUCAGUGCUCUUGAAUCAUGGCGCAACGACUCGCUUGACUUCUGCAGCUGGAGCGGGGUCUUCUGCAGCAUUGCCCUCCCAGUCCGUGUUGUGGUCAUACAAAUCAGGUCUGCACGGCUCACAGGAACACUAUCCAGAUGCAUAGCAGGCCUUAGUUCUCUAGAGCAGAUGGACCUUGGGUACAAUGGAUUGUCUGGAAGCGUGCCUGAAGAGAUAGGUGAGCUUGGGAGCCUCCGAACUCUGGAUCUUGCGGGAAACAAGUUUGCAGGUAACAUCCCUCUGUCGUUAGGUGCAUCUGCAUCCCUUAGCUAUGUCAACCUCGCAGACAAUUCUCUUAGUGGAGUUAUCCCUCAUUCCUUAUCAAAUAGUUCGUCACUCAGUGUGAUAAUGCUCUCAUGGAACAACUUAUCUGGGGUGAUCCCGGCUAAUCUGCUCAUGUCAUCCAAACUUUCCUAUGUUGAUCUCCAGUGGAAUGCUCUCUCAGGGGCAAUCCCACAUUUCCAAAAGAUGGAUGCUCUGAAAUAUUUAUGUCUUGAAGGGAAUUUACUUUCUGGUAAUAUACCAGCAUCUUUGGGAAAUGUUUCGUCCUUGCGUUCCCUCAUGCUAGGACAAAACAUGCUCUCUGGAAACAUACCAGCUGAGAUAGACAACCUUGUAAGCCUCACUGAGCUUGACAUGGGCCAGAACAUGCUCUCUGGACAAAUUCCCCUGACAGUUUGGAACUUGAGCAACUUGUUUGUCCUGAAACUUUCCAUGAAUAGGUUGUCAGGUAAAAUUCCAUCAACGGUUAGUAAUCUAGCUCAACUCGGAAUGUUUUAUCUUGAUGACAAUGAAUUGUCUGGAAACAUACCAGCAAAUAUAGGAAAAUUCAAAAGGCUGCUUAUGCUGAACUUAUCAGUUAACCGCCUUGAUGGAUUCAUACCAAGAGAACUAUUCAGUAUUCCCACCCUUUCACUGGGUUUGGACUUGUCAAACAACAACCUGACUGGGCGGAUACCACAGGAAGUUGGUAACCUGAUCAAUCUUGGCCUCCUUAAUGUUUCCAACAACAAAUUAAUUGGUGGCCUUCCUUUUGAACUUGGCUGGUGUGUCCAAUUAUUAUCCCUUCAAAUGGAAAACAACAUGCUUAGUGGGCAGAUUCCUCAGUCUCUCAGUGCACUGAAGGUCAUGCAGCAGAUAGAUCUGUCCGAGAACAAUUUAACUGGUCAAGUUUCACAGUUUUUCGGGAACUUCAGCAGCUUGAAUUAUAUUAAUAUAUCGUACAACAAAUUUGAUGGGCCAGUACCGACAGGUGGUAUAUUUGGAAAUUCAACUGCAGUAUUCCUGCAAGGUAACACAGGGUUAUGUGAAACAGCUGCUGCCAUAUUUGGACUGCCCAUUUGCCCCGCCACCUCAGCAACAAAAAGGAAGAUCAAUGCACCUCUGCUGCUGAUAAUAACUGCACUGAUUACUAUUGCUUCGGUUAUAUUUGUUGUUGUCACUAUUAUGAAGGGGCCCAGAACUCAACCACCUGAAGACUUCAAGGAGACAAUGAAGAGGGUGUCAUAUGGGGAUAUCCUUAAAGCCACCAAUUGGUUCUCUCUGGUCAACCGGAUCAGCUUGAGUCACACAGCAUCAGUCUACAUUGGUCGGUUUGAGUCCGAAACAGAUCUAGUGGCCAUCAAGGUGUUCCAUCUUAGCAAGCAAGGUUCGAGAACUAGCUUUUCCACCGAGUGUGAAGUGCUGAAAAACACCCGCCACCGCAAUCUGGUUCAAGCCAUCACCUUAUGCUCAACCAUAGAUUUUGAGGGCGAUGAAUUCAAGGCUAUAGCAUACGAGUUCAUGGCAAACGGUAGCCUGGACAUGUGGAUACACCCAAGGGUUCAUGGAGGCAGCCCAAGGAGGCUGCUGAGCUUGGGUCAGCGGAUACGUAUUGCUGCUGAUGUGGCUUCUGCUCUGGACUAUAUGCACAACCAUCUGACACCUCCUUUGAUCCACUGCGAUCUGAAGCCAGGCAAUGUGCUGCUGGACUAUGACAUGACAUCACGCAUCGGUGACUUUGGGUCCGCCCAGUUUCUCUCUUCAGGUAUUGGCGGACCAGCAGGCUUGGUUGGCGUCGGAGGAACGAUUGGAUAUAUUGCACCUGAAUAUGGGAUGGGAUGCAAAAUAUCGACAGACUAUGAUGUGUACAGCUUCGGGGUGCUGCUACUGGAGAUGCUCACGGCAAUUCGACCAACGGACGCACUAUGCGGCGACGCUCUCAGCCUUCACAAGUAUGUCAACCUAGCCUUCCCCGACAGAAUCGCUGAAGUUCUAGAUCCCCACAUGCCAUCCGAGGAGGAUCAGAUGGCUGCUUCUGAACGGAUGCAGAAAUACGUUAUACCUUUGGUCGGUAUUGGCCUGAUGUGUACCAUGGAAUCGCCGAAUGAUAGACCAGGAAUGCAUGAUGUUUGUGCCAGAAUUGUUGCCAUCAAAGAGGCAGUUGCCUUGUGAUC